AUGAUUUGGACUCCACUAAUACUACCGAAACUGUUAAUACUUUUCAAGACCUUACAUUAAUAUUACCACCAAAGAAAAAUAAUCGACCUCUACCACAAAAGCAUUCCACUGAUGCUACCAUCGAAACUAUUAAUACUUCUCAAGGUAGAGGUUCUGUACAAACAGAGUUGGUAUCAACAGAUGAUUGUACUUGUGAUUCUCAGUUUCCAAAUAAGAUUGAAUAA